AUGUCUUCGGCCAUAUUAGUAGAUGAGGAGAUGGAGGACAGGCGCGAGCUGCUCCCGCGAAACUCCCCCUUCGUCGGCUCCUUGCGCCAUGCACCGCAGCAGAUGCUGCGGGGCCAACUAGAUCGGCUCCUGCGUCGGCGCGCCCCGGCUAGUCUUCCGGAUGAAGGCAUUGAUGAGAUGGAUGCCUCUCCAACCUCCAGCAAGGAGGAGCCGGAGCUAAACGAAGCUGAGAACAGCAGGGACGGGAAGCUUCCAUCCUCGUCGCCGUACGUGGGUUUCCAGCGACAUGCACCGCCCUCCUCACCAGUUCUGUAUUUCUCAGUCAGCCCUCCACCAGCCUUGGCAGGCCUGAAAGAGCUGGAGCUCUCGAAGGAGUGUUUGCCUGGUGAGCUUCCAGAAGAGGUUUGGGUGGAUGUGCUUCAGUCCGUGAUUGAAGUGGACUGCUUGGCUGCUCUUUCUAGAGUCAGCGUGGCAUUCCACAAGGUAGUCGAGUCAGAAGAUGUCUGGCGAGAUCGGGCUGUCCGAGUUCCGCCGAGUUGCCUCGCGGAUUUGGCUCCCCACCUGGGCCGGUGGCUCUCUGCUUGGGGCUCUGCGGAGAAGCUGGUGCUGCCACGCUCUGCUCAGCUUUUGAGCGAAGUGGCUACCAGGGCUCCAGAUCUCCCGGUCGAGGUGAGCUGGCGAUUCGACCAACAUCUGAAAGGCGUAGGGGUGGAGGUGCUGAAGCAUGGGACUGCCGUGCGUCGAGUUGCCGAGGAGGAGCUCGUUGUGCUGGGAGACGCAGCUUUGCAACGAUCACCCGGACGUUGGCCGUACUUCGAGGUUCAGCUGGACAAAUGCGGCGAGGGCAUUGGUGACAGCGUCAACGACUUUGGUUUCGGAGUCACUGCCUGUGACCCUCAGGAGAUUGAAGAGUUGGGGUCUGUCGCUGACGAGGUUCCGCGAUCCUGGGUCGUAGAUUUCACACAGUCUAUGGUCUGCCUCAGCAUCAACAACCAUGAGGCUGCACAGGGGAAGCGGCUCUCAGCGGCAGCUUUGAAGCAGGGGAGUUGCGUUGGAAUGCUGGUCAAACCGAUGUCGAUUGAGAUCUACAUCGAUGGUGUGCUGCAAGAAAGCCUGCCCAUGGAGGAGCGGGUGCCGGACAACAUCAGUCUCUUCCCCGUGCUUGACUUGCCAGAUGCUUGGAACGCUUGCGGUUUGCUUGUGUGGUGGUCGGGUCACCAGACAGAUCUCUUGAAGCAUCCAUUGCCACCAGCACUGGUCACUGGAAAGUCUGUUCCAGAGCAGCUCGCGAAGAUCGCUCGCGCUCUCCGCCGGCUGCUGCAAAGCAUGGCGGUCGAGGACGAGCUCGAUGAUAGCAAGAAAAGGUUCGCUGUGCAGGGCGAAACCAAGGUCAUGCGUAUUGGCAACACGCGCGACCCAGAAACGAAGAUGGCCACAUCUCUGAAUGCCAAUGAUCCUCCCCUGCCGGAAGGAGGCUCUCAUCAAUACCGUCUGGACGAUCGCAGACCUUUUUGGCAUACUGACUCCGUGUACAGGAAAGAGCCACCGAUCGGCUCCCUGCUGUACUGCAAGCGGCAGCCCCCCUCGGGCGGAGCUACCUGCUUCGCCGACGCCUCGGCCGCUUACGAGGCUCUUGAUGCCAAGCUCAAAGAGAAGCUGAAGAACCUGGAGUGCAUCUGUUCGCAAGCACAUCAUGAUGCAAAGAUUCAUCGCACUUCGCCGGACUUCCCGACACUCACCCCGGAGCAGCGCGCAGCUAGCCCCGCUCAGAGAGUGCCGAUGGUUUUGCAACACCCGUUAACCGGGCGCCCGUCACUGUAUGGAUUCAACGGCGGCACCUGCAGAGUCCUCCCAAAAGAGGUAGAGGUCACAGCUGAAGAGUUGGACCACUACGAGCUGGAGGCCGAGGAGCACAGCUCUGUACAGGAGCAGUGGCGAUCCUUGCUUCCCUUCGUGACGUCUCCUCAAUUCACGAUCAAGUGGGAGUGGACGCCGGGAGACCUGGUGCUCUGGGACAAUCGCUGCACGAUGCACUGUGCAACAGGUUUCGACCGUGAGCGCUUUACUCGCGAGAUGUGGCGCACGACCCUGUCCCGAGAUCUUCCCAAUGCCUCUCGUCUGCUAAAACAUGCGGACGGGCGGUAG